CACCACCACCGCCGUCACCUCAAGCUCGCUGCCUCAUCACCUGCCUGCCGCUCUGCUCGUCUUCCGCACCGACGCAUCUGCACAUCUGCUCUGCCGCUCGGCACUGCUCCUGCACGCCGCUGCUGGCGCCGCCCCGCACCUGCGCCGAGCGAGCCGGGCACGGCGGCCCUGCUGCCAUAGUCACGCCGCUGCUCCGUCGCAGCAGCACACUCGCCGCGCAUGGCCGCAGCGACUGCAUCGCCGUCGUCGGCCGCUGCUGCUGCCGCUGCCAUGGCGGCCGCUGCGGCGAGCGUCGCCGCUCCUGUGGCGCUGCCCGUCACUGUCGACACCACUGGCGCACAGAUCCUCGAGCCUGACGCCGAGCCGGCGCCUGGCGCCGCCUCUGCUGCGCCGCCCAGCACGCAGGCGCAGCGCGACGGCCGCGACAUCUACCUGCCCAACCACGUCGAGAGCGUCAGCCACAUUGCGCUGGAUAUCGGCGGCUCGCUCGCCAAGGUCGUCUACUUCACGCAUGCGUGCUCGCCUGAGAGUGCAGUGGGCAGCGGCGAGGGCGCCUCGAGCUCAGCCACACCGACGCUCCCGCUCUCGCCCGCUGUCGCCACGCCCGACACGCCGACGCAGGUCGCGUACACGGCCGACGGCGCCGCUGCCGUGCCGUCGGGCACGCUGACGCCGACGAGCAUCUCACGCUCGCCCUCGUGGCUGGCUCCUGCAACUGCAGGCGCGUCGAGUUCUGCAGCGUCGGCGCUGCGCUCCACAGUGCUGGCGCGCCGCUCGCUGCCCGCGGCGCUCCCCGGCGGGCGUCUCAACUUCAUCAAGUUCGAGACGGCCGACAUUGCCUCGCUGCUCUCCUUCCUCCACACGCUCAUCUCGAGCAGCGCGGCGGCGAACCGCGUGUCGCUGGCCGACAUGCGCCGCUCCGUGUGCCUCUCGGCGACGGGCGGCGGCGCGCACCUCUUCUGCGAGCGCCUGCAGGCCGAGCUCGGCGUCGAGGUGCGCCGCGAGGACGAGAUGCGCGCGCUCAUCACGGGCCUCAACUUCGCCACGCUCAUUCCCGACGAGGUGUUCAGCUAUAGCGACGAGCUCGUCGCCUUUCUGCACUCGCCGCUGCCGGCCUCGUCGUCACCGCCGCCAGGCGGAAAGGCGCGCGCCUCUGGCUCGCGCUCGACCUCGCCGCCCUCGGCGCCCUCGCCUGACCCGCUGCCGCGCCCGUCAGCCGACCCGCCGCUGUAUGCGCCCGUGUACGACUCGCAGCCCUCGCCGCGCCUGCCGUGCCUGCUGGUCAACAUCGGCAGCGGCGUCAGCAUCAUCAAGGUCGACGACUUUGGCGCGUACGAGCGCGUCAGCGGCACCAGUCUUGGCGGCGGUACGCUGUGGGGUCUGCUGAGCCUGCUCACGGACGCGGACAGCUUCGACGAAAUGCUCGACCUGUCCACGCGCGGCGACAAUGCGGCCGUCGACAUGCUCGUCGGCGACAUCUACGGCUCUUCGGACGCGCUCUCGUCGCUCGGCCUCAAGUCGAGCACGAUCGCGUCGAGCUUCGGCAAGGUGUUCCGCAAGGAGGGCGGCGGCAAGCGCGAGCGGCGCAAGAAGUUCCGGCCCGAGGACAUCUGCAAGAGUCUGCUGUACGCGAUCAGCAACAACAUCGGCCAAAUAGCCUUCAUGAACGCGGAGAAGUACAACCUCGACCGCAUCUACUUUGGCGGCUGCUUCAUCCGCGGCCACCAGGCGACCAUCUCGACGCUCUCGUACGCCAUCCGCUUCUGGUCCAAGGGCACGAAGCGCGCCUUCUUCCUGCGCCACGAGGGCUACCUCGGCGCCAUCGGCGCCUGGCUGCGCCAUGUCGGCGAUCCCGCGCCGCGCGAGGCGUCAGGAAAGGGCUUUGCGAACGGAGACCGGCCCCUCGGCGUCCCGACGCCCGUGGCGGAGCUGCCCGAGCCGAGCCUCACGAACGGCUUCCCAUCGCCCGCGGCACGCCACGUGUCCAAUCCUCUGGCCGCACCGCAGGCCCGGGCGCCAUUCUCGCCGCUCGCGCAGAGCAAUGGCGACGAGCCGCCCAGCGCCCGGCGGCCAGCACUUUCGGCUUCGAUGCCGCCGGCGCUGCUCGAGGCUCUGGGCGGCGUUUCGCUGGAUGCGCACGCGCCGCCGCCGGCUCUCGCCAACGGUGAUGCGCACGAGCAAGAAGAGCACGAACCCGAUGCAGCGGAGGAAGAGGACGAGGACGAGGAUGAGGAGGCGCCCUCGGACCUGGCUGCGCUGCUUGCGUCACUCUCGCCAGAAGAUGCCGCCCUGCUCGGGCCGCUGCUCAGCUCGGGCCCUGGCAGCAAGGGCGAGCCAGACGUGCUGGAGCUGCUAGCACGCAUGGACGCGGCAGAGGACGCAGCAGUCGGCCUCGAGGAGCGCCUCGACGGCUUCCUGGGCCGCCUCGACGGCCUGCUGCAGGAGCAAGAGGCCCGGCAAGGCGAGCAGCCGUCAGACGGCGCGCAGGAGCACAGCAGCCCGCGGCCACAAUAGAACAUCGUCACCAGCAUCUCUACUCUGACACUGAGCGUGCUGAUCGUCGUGCACUGGCCUGAGUACGCAUGACAUUUGCUCCUCGCCCCCUCUCACUCCUGCUCCGGCUCAGCCAUGACCGUCUCGUCGCCGGGCGCCGCCUCCUGGAACGGCUCGGCGAGCGCGGCGUCUGGCGGCAGCUCCUUGCUGGCCAAGUUGACGCCUGGCGACUUGGCUGGCCGCGGCUCGUGCUCUGCGUCUGCAUCAGCCGGCGCCUGCGCUUCUUCUGCCUGGGCGGCACGCUUCAUGCUUUUUGUGCGCCGCGCCUCGCCCUUGCUGCUCUUGCCCUUCUGCGGCGACCCUUGCGGCAACGCAGCGGGCACGUCUGCUCCCUCUUCGCUGCCGUUGGCAGUGCCGGCUGCGUCAUCG